UACCGUAUGUGAUUCUGCGCGACAGUCAAGGAGGGUUUCGUGUUGGGUGGGGUCUAAACGAUAAAACCCUUCUCUUCUCAAGUAUCUCAUUCGAUCUGAUUCGAGUUAGUUUCACAUAGUGCAACAGUAUCCUUUGUCUAACGUGUAAUACGCGUUCCAUUAUAUCCAUGUAGUGGCAACGCUAAGUACAUACGAAGCAAAGAUCGCUUGCAGCCCGUGAACGUCUCGAGAUAGCUUCGACUAUAUACAAUAGAAUAUAAUUCAUGUCUGUUCGAAAGCACGAAACUGACUGAAUGAAUUUUGAUUCACGAAAGUGAAGUUUAGACACGCUUUUACAUCUGUCAAGAUAACAAGCAAGAUACAAACGUAUUGCAAAAGUGUUGAAGAGGUGUAGAGAUCUUAUCCACGUUAUCAGCGCUGCAGCGGAGAUACUGACCUAAGUUAUAGGCUUCACAAUUUUUAGUUGCCUGAAUAAUAUUGAGGAAUUGUGACUGACGUUUCGUGAGUCACCUAGAAUUUUUGGCAAAUGUACAAAGAAUUCGUCCUUCGCCUAAUACUUAUCUGAAUCAUUCAGCCGAACAUCUGCGUGGAGGCAGUGACUAUAGUUACUGGUGGAGUAGUUCUACUUUGAGGUGUUCGUAGUGUAAACAUAUCGAUACAUGGAAUGAAAAACUUGUUACUUAAAUAAAAUAUAAUCCGUUUAAUGGUUAUUGUUGCAAAAUGUCUGAGUCAACAUAUUUUUAAGCAAUCUGCAUUUAUAUAGACAUAUAUAUAUAUAUAUAUAUAUAUAAAUAUUUGUAUUAUAACAUUUAAGUAUACAUAAAUUAUUUAUUCAUAAUGGAAAAGAGAAGUAUUAGUGGAAAGGAUAUUCUCAGAAUGGAUGGUUUGUUACCACCAACACGGCGUGUGCCUGUCUGUAAUGCAGUAACUUCUACAGACAAAAGGAAGGAGAAAAAGUGGUCGCUUGGAGGAAUUUUGAAACGAAUAUCCUCUAUGAGGGAUUAUGAUAGUUCUUCGAACGAUGAAGAAAUAGUAUAUUGUACAAGAGAACCAAGACCUCGCAAUGUGUUUAAUAGAAAAUCUCAUAGUAAUGUUAUUCUUCAUCCAGUUGAGAAAAAUUCAGAACAGUCUUUCAAUAAUCAUGAUAACCAAGAUAAUCAAGAUAAUGAUAGUAUUGCAAAGUUGCUAGAUACAUCAUCUUUACAAAGGGAUUCUAUGCACCGUAGCAGUGAUGGAUCACUGGAUGGACUAAGUAAGAAAGCGCGUAAAAGUAAAUUAAAGGCUCGGAUAGAAGCGAAAAGAGAUCGUAUUUGUGCGGACAGCAGUUCGGACGAAGAGUCACGUAAAUCGUGCAAUUCUCUGACCAGAUAUCAGAAUGAAAAUGGUACGCAUAGCAUGCAAAAGAAUAGUUCUUGUAAUAGAAAAAGUCGUGCCGCGCGUACGGAACGUUACAUAAAACGUUUAUCCCGAGACGAAGGGCACAGAUUACCAGAAAAUUUAAACAAUAUUGGGAACAAACGCAAUAGUCUUGAAUUGGUGAACGAACGAUCGUCCGUAGCUACAGAUGCAUAUGAAUUAUUGCAAUCUCAAGCGCAAUCACAAUCGUUUAUCAAUCAUUCGAACAGUAAUACCUUUCCUGUACAAAGAUCUGUUGAAAACUUACGACAAUCAGGGAUAGCUGCGUCUAAUUUUCAAACGAAAUCGUCAACCGACCUUACGAAACAUCAUAAGAGCCAAUAUAUCACAGACUUAAAUCAAAAUAAUACAUACGCGAAACCAAAUGUUCUACAAAAGAAUAAGAAUCAUGUGAAUUAUGAUGAAAAUUUGUUUAAUUCACCGUCGAUUAGUAAAAAUUACGCGGAACCUUAUUCUUGUACGAAGAAUCGUCAGUUUAUAAAUCAAAGUUCCUGUCCACCCGAACCUCCACCGCGAGACCCACGUUUUCGAGCGUUCAGUUAUGGUUGCAAUUCGUUUCCACUUAAUGGAAAGUAUCGCGUGACAGGACACGACGAUACUUUGCGUAUGAAAAUGAACGAUAUUCAUCAAGUUACGAAAGACCACUUGAAGGGCUUAAGAUCGUACGAUUCGAGCAAUGAAAUCAAUUGGUCUGGUUCGAUUAGACAAUGCCCGCGUCGUCCAUUGUCUCUUACUGUAAGUUCAACGCAGUCUUGUAACUUAACCGAGUGUACAAACAAUAGACACAAUUCAACCGGUAAACACGUGGACGAGCCGAUAUUGUACGAAACAGAAGCAAUGAAAUGUCAAAGGAGAAACGAUCGCAACGAUCAGCUUAACUCGAGAUUUAACGAUUACCAUGUUAAAACGGGUAGGAGCAAUUUAUCCACAGCUGCACAAAACAUACCCAAGAAUUCUGCAUCGCCUACUUUUAACAAAAUUUCCGAUUCUUCGCGUAUAAAAUCACCAACCAAGCGCAUUUUAAGAGAAGACUCUUAUGACUUACCAAAUGAACUACCCGUGGUGAAUGUAAGAACGAAAGAAAAAGAGGAACAACAAAGAGCAACUGAACAAGAAACAGUGGAAAGAAGAAGAAGUUCAAAGAACCUGGAAGAAGCACUUUCUGAAUUGGAGGCGAUAUACAACAGCCUUCGUUUAGGAGACGAAGAUCUCCUUGAUCGGGCAGAACGGCGUAGUAUGGAAGAGUUCAGUCUACGCCAAGCGAAAACCAGUAAUACAGUUCCAUUUAUUUCAGAAGAUUCAUCGGAUCGGUCGAAAGAUGAUAUGGCUUACAGAAGGAUGCAUCCAAAGGAGAGACCAACAUCCUUGUCGGAAACGGUCGGCCAAUCUGCGCUCUCUAAUAUCAGUUAUCUAAUAGCCUCACCUGUUCUAACGCGCAAAGACACUACCGAUAGUUAUGCGUACACUUCAAACUAUCCAGCACGUAGAGACGAGCCAGAUGUGACACGCGAUGACGUCGUUUAUCGAAGCAUUCAUCGUGCCAACAACACGUUGAAAGUGAUAGAUCCGCAACCACCGUUCGGUAUACCUUUAGGGCCCGUGACAACGGCACCGGAAAGCGACUACUUGCAUACUACGCCAACAAAGCCGGACCAUCCUCGUUCCUUAUACAUACCGCAAUGCGAGCCAGACAUUGUUACAGACGAUUUGGCCUUUCGAACUCUUAGGAAGGAUGCCAACACGGCAAAGCAUUCCGUUGAAAAUAAAAACGGCCCUGCGCCAGAGCAGGAUACCGUUUUUGGUACGAAAAAGAAACGAGCAGUUAGAUCUCUCUCUGCCAAUCUGUACGGCUUGAUCAAUCACAAUGGGAUUCAUCUGCGGAGGGAACCCAGUCUUCAAGAGAUCACGGAUCAGAUCAGUGACCCAGUGAUUGAUCUUGGUUCGUUACCUGAACGGUCCGCUUGUUUCAGACGCGUCGUAAGCGACGGUGAAUUGUCUGAUUAUGAUACUCGAUGGCGUACCGAGUGUUCCUUAAAAGGCAGCAAGACUGACAUCAACGGAAAUCAUUCAGUCUCGAAUCUACAUAGAAAGAAGCUUCGCGUUUACGUCGCACCAUCGACUCAGGUACAGAGUUGCAAUGAGAAAAAUGGAGAAGUCGGGGCAAAGACCUUAAUACCGUCCAAUGAUAUGUUAUCAAAAUCAUUAAACAAUGAAUUUUGGCAGGAUCGUGUACAAAGUAAAUCUAACGAUUCGCUUAGCAAAGAUACCGAUUCUGAUUUCACUGCGUACAGCAGGUUGUGCCAGGAUUUGGUUAAUCUGAUAGAAGGACCAAACGAUACCGAAGCGAAAGCGAUAGAUCGUUCGAAGCAGUCUACAGAAAGAGAUGCAUCACACGAGAAGAAGUCGACAAUGAAUGAAUCUCCGAUUCUACGUAUUCAGUCUUUGGGUAGCCAAUAUGCAGAGGAUAAUGAAGAGACUGUUAAAGAAAGUAGAGCAAAGGAUGACGUUGAAAAACUGACAGAGUCUUUGACUAAUCCUGAGAACGAAGAUUCCAAGAAGACUGACGAUAGUGCGUUUGAUUUCUAUCUUCGUGUCGCGGACGAGAAUGUUAAACUAAUUGCGGAGGCGUUCAGCAGUGUGGCGGAUCACUUACGCGAUAGUCGUUUAAGCCAAAAGAAUUCGCUGACGUCGCUCCGAUCUGAAAUAGAAACCGAUAGUACUGCGCCCAACACUAGUACUCGUAGUUCCGUUACAUAUAGUCCAGACGAUGACUCGUUUGGUGCGUCAAAGACCACCGAUACGUUAAGCAUAGUUCCUAAAGAAGAUGUGACUAUAACGUUGAAAGAGGAUCAUCUGAAUGUGGAACGGGAAGAGGAUAAGAAUGACCCAGAACUCGAUUUGUCCAAAGCCGUUCAUGAUUUACAGUUAGCAGCAGCAAGUUUAUGCGAACAUGAAAAAGAAAUCGAAGAAUUAGAGGCUGUAUUGAGGAAAGAUUCAACUAGUAGUAUCUCUGAUAAAAUAGCGAUCGAUCAGGAUAAAUGCCAGCUAAUCGUAGAGAAAAGUAGUAUGUCGGUGAACGAAAAAAAGGAACAAGAUCAGGAUAGAAAAACAACUGUACUACCGACCGAUGUUAAAUUACGAAGUGACGAACGCGACCCAAAUUGCGAAGGUGAGAGUAUAGAAUGCAAGAAUGUUUAUGAAUCGUACGACAUCGAUAUCGUUCGUUCGACUGAAAUGCGUAUUUCGUAUGUUACUAACCUCAUAACUGUAAUGAUAACUACUUAUUCUAUGGUUUUGCUGGCUUGUUUUCUUGCACUGCUUUUAGCGACGGUAGCAGUAUCAUGACCGGCCCAUUAACGACAGUGUCUUAAUGCAUUUUGUGAUUAGAAGGUUUGAUGCGAAACGUAAUCAAUUAUUUAGAGGCUAUUAUUACUUGAAUUAUGUUACUAAUGUCGUAGGUAUCCUGGCAUAUGAUCAUUCAUGAUGUGAACCAUUCAAUAAGAGUGAAUAAACUAACCGAUACACAACGUCGUUCAACGACAUGCGGCAGGACAAUUGAAUUUUGUGUAAGAUCGAGUUUCUGUGGAACUGUUUCAGGAGGAAUGAUUUGUUCUUGUUGUUCUUGUUAAUGUUGUUGAUUUAAUAAAGUUUAAAUGUUAACAACA